CAAAAGGGAAGAAAAAAGUCUAAUGUUUAAUCGACCCGCGCUGUAAAAGGUAUAUCCACUCCGACUCAAAAUUGGGUGCUCCUUCAAUUAACUUACCUGCCCUACGUCAGGCAUAGUCAUUCUCUCAAUCUGAACGGAAAGUUUUGUACAUUGGUGAUACUUCGAAAAAAAGGGAAUUAGGUUGGUUCUUACCUCGAUUUUUCUCCAGGUAGAACUUCUUGCUAUUUCAAUCCUCUUCUUCCCUUUUCCUUUACGGGCUCCUCCGUAAGCCUCCGUCGAUACCGCCCUUUGUCAACAAUACGACCGGAUCGCGAUAGUGCUCGAGCGUGUCGGCCGCUCUUGUGAGCACACAGAGAGAGAGAGAGGCUCGCCCUCAAUCCUUCAAACGCAUCGAAUCUCUUGCUAAAUCGAGUGGCCCGAACAAUUACGAACGUCACUCACAGUCAUGUCUCGGGUUCUCGCGGGCUUCUGACUCUGGCUUCCUGCCAGAUAACUUGGCUUUGCAUAAGGUCCUUUUUUUGACCAAGAACCAAAUUUCGAUAUACGCCAGCUCCGUUCCGUCUAGGACGCGUUUGCGCCCCUAGCUAAACUACACAUAGCUUCAUUUCGAUCCGAAAGACUCCCUACCCGAUGCCAUCCUCGCAAUUGAGCACAGCGCCUGUCUCUUUUCUACAAUGGACGAGGAUACUAGUAGAUUAGCCCCUCCGGCUAUUAGCUCGCUUCGGGCUCAAGCCAUCGGCCGUUCAAUGGAAAGGUCUAUAAGUGCUGAUAUUAGGGAAGAGCGUGAGGAACUUCGUGAAGCUGCCGAGCAGACUUUAAACGUUAUCGUCGACCUUAACCUCGAUGGCACCAUUCGGUGGGUCAGCCCCUCGUGGGUCGAUGUCGUUGGGACACAACCAAACACCGUCGAAGGCACUCCGAUUGCCGACCUGAUCAUUAGCGAGAAUAAGUCUGCGUUUGCUGAAACUAUUGCCUCUAUGAGAGAGGACGAUUCGCGUAGCCAGUACAUCCGUUUCACUGUUGCACUAGGGCCACUGUCUAGAUUAUACCCCACGGAAGAGUGUAAGGACCCAGAGGAUGAUGGAUCCAGUUCUACUGCCGUCGAACUCGAGGCCCAAGGAAUAAUGGUCUAUGAUCGUACGACUGGAAGUGAAAGCCAUACAAUGUGGAUGAUACGACCGUGGAUCGCACCCCGAGAGAUUAAAAUCGAUCUUGCGCCGUUGCUUGUUGACUCGCUUGGGUCCGGCGCCGAAGUCCUUGCCAGCUAUCUAACACAACUGGCCGAGUCUGGGAACGAUGAUCCUGCUAAUCACCCACCCCCACUGCCAGUCCUUUGUCGUAUCUGCGAGCGACAGAUUCCACCUUGGUGGUUUGAGAAGCAUACGGAUUUAUGUCUUCAAGAGCAUCGAGCCGAAAUGGAUGUUCAAAUGGCCCAGGAAAACUUGACCGAACAUCGUCACGCUAUCGUCAAAGUAUUAGAUGCCUUAGAAGCACGCAAGAGCCGUACCUUAUCGGAGAUCCCCGUAUCUCUUCCCAUUGCCGAGUAUAAGGGCUUGCCAAUCGGGCCAUCUUCUAGUACAUCUUCUCCCGGGGCAGCAUCGCCUACCCCCUCGUCAAGAGAUCGCUCAACAGGGUAUGCCCAUUCGCGCUCUCGGUCAUUUGCUGUACGCCGCCCUCAGGCCCGUAUUGUUGAGUUGCUUUUGGAUCUUUGUGAUACUGCUAUCGAGAUUAGUACCCCAGCAGUUAAAGAAUCUACGUCUCAGGGUACCGGUGAGUUUCGUACCCAGUCACCACAAUCCGAAUCUCGCAUAUCUCAGGUGCUUCAAUGGCAAUCUCCUGGUUCAAACACCCUUGAACAAGAGCAAGGUCUGGCUUUGUUGUGCGCAGAGACCGAGAAGGUCUCUAAGGAGAAAGUCGAGGCUGUAUUCCGUCACAGGAGAAUAAUUGAGUACGCGGAACGGAUACGGAUUGAGUUUACUGUCAUUGUUGAAAAUUGCAUCGAAGAUGCGAUGCACAAAGCGGCGCGAAUCGCGGCCGGUCUGAGUGAUUCGACUGAGGACGAAGAAGGCGACGAAGACGAAGACGAUGUUGAAGAAACUCCAGUAGUACAGGAAGAGCCUAUGUUCCCUGGAUCUUUCGAUACGCCCUCUACAUUAGCAGUUGCCCUAAAGAACGUGGAGCUGAGUGAUACGGAUGAUAGAAAACGCCCUUCUUCCGUCAUUGAAUCGACAAGGUCGAGCAGCCCGAGGGAAUGUCCAACCCCGAAGUCCCAUCGUGAAGUCUUAGGGACAACUAGCCAGUCUCGAGAUUCGCGUCGAGGAUCCACCCUGCUUGAUCAUGAUGCUGGAGAUAGCGACGGUAGCGGCAGGUCUGCCUCCGUAGCGCGCCAACCACCUCGAACAGAUUCGCCUAUGUCUGAAUUGAGUGAUUUACGACGUGCUACUAGUGCGCGGCAGCACCAUAGGCGAAGUCUCAUUCUUGCCGGCACGUCUUCGCCCCACCGUCAAGAAUCGCCUUCCAGAGGCACUCAGCCAUCGUCUCCACUUCGAAUUCAUAAGCCUCGAAAUUUUCAAUAUUCGCAAGACGGUGUCACUUCCCCCGAGGCAUCUCCUAUGCUCCCUAGUAGUGAGUUUAGUUCUCCAGCUAUAAUCCCGCACCAUCGCCGACAGUCCUCCGCGGCUCUAUCGGAGUUUCCAAGCCGACCAGCUACAUCGCCACGCUUAAACGCUGCUAACCACGCUCCAAUGGCACGUGCUGUUCCGCCAUCCAUUAAAGAUUUUGAAAUCAUCAAGCCUAUCAGCAAGGGCGCGUUUGGUAGUGUCUAUUUAUCAAAGAAGAAAUCUACAGGCGAAUACUUCGCCAUCAAGGUUUUAAAGAAGGCAGACAUGGUAGCCAAGAAUCAAGUCACUAACGUCAAAGCGGAAAGAGCUAUAAUGAUGUGGCAAGGGGAGAGCGAGUUUGUUGCAAAGUUGUAUUGGACAUUCUCUAGCAAGGAUUAUUUAUACCUUGUGAUGGAGUACUUAAACGGUGGCGAUUGUGCUUCGCUUAUCAAAGUGCUCGGUGGCCUACCCGAGGAAUGGGUGAAGAAAUAUCUCGGCGAGGUUAUCCUUGGAGUUGAGCAUCUACACGACCGAGACAUCAUUCAUCGUGACCUUAAGCCCGAUAACUUACUCAUCGACCAAAAAGGUCACCUCAAACUGACCGAUUUUGGUCUGUCGCGUAUGGGACUGAUUGGGCGCCAGAAGAGGGCCCUGGAUAGUGGGACUGCCGAACCUACUCCUGACUUGCUAAAGACAGGCCCCUUUGUUCGGUCGACUUCUGUUGCUUCAUCCCGGUCGACUUCACUAGAUUUCCAUGGCAGUCAUCACUCCCCUUCUACUACACCCCAAAUUACCCCCGACAAUGGAGUUGGACAGCCAUCAUAUUUUAACUUGUCACAGGCUCAUGUAGAACCACGCCGUAUCUCUGGCCACCGUAGCGAUAGUGGUGGUAGUGAGACAUUGACACAUAUGAUGGGUAACUUUUCAUUAAAUGACCCCCAGCACAGCCAGUCUAGUUUACGUUCGCCGCAUGACGAUGGGAGCGACGCUGGAAAUGCUUCUCCUGAUUUCCCGUUGCUCCACCAGACGAAUAGUCAUAAUAGUGACGUACAUAGGAGUACACCGCCCCAGUCGAGUAUGAUGCCUCCCCCGAUGGCUCUGUUUGAUCCCGAUGAUACUAAUCGUCGGUUCGUGGGCACUCCUGAUUAUCUUGCGCCUGAAACGAUUAAGGGUGCUAGGCAAGAUCAAACUAGUGACUGGUGGUCAGUUGGUUGUAUUAUGUUCGAGUUUCUCUAUGGUUAUCCGCCUUUCCAUGCCACGGAAGCCGAACAAGUGUUUGAAAAUAUACUCGCCAGAAAGAUUAUGUGGCCUGAAGAACCAGAUGACGUUUCACCAGAGGCCAAGGAUCUUAUUAACAAACUGCUCUGCAUUGACCCUCAGCAAAGAUUAGGCGCCAACCGCGAUGAAAAGUCCGCUUCUGGAGGACAAGGGAUUAGAAACCAUCCUUGGUUUGAGGGCAUUAAUUGGGAUACGCUGCUCCAAGAUGAUGCUCAAUUCGUCCCACAGCCAGAAAACCCCGAGGAUACAGAGUACUUCGAUGAUCGCGGUGCUACCUUGCAAUCAUUUACUGAGGAGAUAGAAGACCAGUCAUCUCCUCCUUCUGCCCCAACACCGGAUUAUUCUGAUCGUCCACAUGACGCUCUCUCACGUGUGCGUUCUCAAGUUCAGGUCAACCAGAUAAAACGGGGCCUGAUGCCACUACACAUACCUCCUCACAUCCGGGAUCUGAAGAGUCGACGGCUUAGUGAGCCGGUAGCGUCGGACGAUUUUGGAACAUUCGCUUUUAAGAACCUUACAGUCCUCGACAAGGCCAAUAAAGAUGUGAUUCAACAGUUGAAAGCUAAAGCAAUGGCAGCACAGAAUAGAUCUGGAAUCAGUCCAGGAGGUAAUAACCCAACCUCCCCAUCUCCGGCUCUCGAGGGGAGCCCAGUUAUGGCUAUGCCGAUACAACGGAACUUGUCAAAUGCCAAGGCGUCGGCAUCCCAACGUCCUGCGUCGCCCUCCACGGCUAGUCACGCCAAUUCGUCACCAAGUCGCGCUUCACAACCGUCUUCGCCUCUACUUGUAUCUUUUCACGCAGGCCAGGGAGCCGAGGGUCGUAGAAAAGCUUCUAGUAAUUCUUCCAGCUUAUCGCAGCAAUCUGGAUCGGGCUCUCUGCAACCUGGGAGCUUUUUUGACGUACCACGCGUCACUCCUAGUCUACAAAAGUCAACAAGUGCUUCUGCCGCUGCUGCUGUUGCUGCCGUAUCCCCGGUGAAAGGGAAAGGUGCGCCGCCACCUCUGCCGCUCUCUCCGCAGAAAUCAGUAGGGACUCCAAGACAGGCGAGCGGAUCCUCGACGCGAUCGCGAUCUUUGACCGUAGGUUCCCAAGAAGGCAGUCCUAUCGCGGCCGACCUUCUUGCACACCAUCGCAAUCGUCGAAGCCAAGUGUUCGACAUGUCUCCAUCAUCAUCAGAUAACGAAGGUGAGAGGGCCAAUGCUCUGCUUAAAGUACAGCGGCGACGCCAAUCUUCCCGUCGAAUGUCGGCUAUUAUGCUUGAUAGUCCAACGUUCCGUUCUCUAGAUGUUUUGAUAUGCGAAGAUCAUCCAGUUUCACGAAUGGUUAUGGAGAAAUUACUCGAAAAACUUCGCUGUCGCACUAUUUCUGCAUCAACUGGUUCCGACGCCGCUCGAUACGCCGUGAGUGAAAUCAAAUUCGACAUAAUCUUCACUGAAUUCAAAUUGCCAGAAGUCAGCGGGACAGAUGUUGCUCGAAUGGUUCGUGAAGUCAAGAAUGUUAACGCCCAUACGCCAAUCGUCGCAAUUACUGCCUAUCUAAAAGAGCUUCAGGCUCCUCAUUACUUCGACUCUCUGAUUGAGAAGCCUAUUAGCUCUUCAAAACUAAUUGAGGUUCUCUCUAACCUUUGCCAGUGGAAGCCGCCUUCACCAGGCCAAGCCCAAGCACUACCAAUGCCAAAUCCUAUUUCUAGUGCAAAAUUGAGCAACGCACGCUUGGGAGAUAGUCCUACGUCGGCAUCGUCUGGAUUUGCCCACCCUGGAAGUAGUAGUUUUAGAGGCUCCAGUAGAGAAGAUUCUAUCAGUUCCAGCUUUUUCGGCGACUCCGAAUCGGCAACCACGGAUGAAAUACCUGUGGUGGUCAGCCGCAAAACUACAGGAGAGUGGGGUGAGGAGUCAGGUCUUGGAAUUAGUAAUGAAGAGGCUGUUGUGGGCACCGGAGGAACCUCAAAGGUACCCAUCCCACUCAUCUCGCAACAGUCAGCCCCAGCCCAAAUGGAACAGCCUAGAUUGCCGGUUCCUCAACGAUCCUUGGAGAAACUACGUUCGAGGCGUGAACACCUCGAAAAGCGGCGUCUUGAAGGCAAUGACUCCGCGGACGACGAAGAUGAUGAACUUGGCACACAUCGAGACCGUGGUUUCCGUGGAAAGCCACCACCUCCUAGUUCAAAACUUGGUAUCGAAAUGAUGCGAGCAAAUAGUCACGAUAGUGUUGCUAUUUCAUCUGAUACCACGCCAGAACCUAUAACACAGGUAGUGACCCCCGCGAGAGAAGCAGAUGUUUCUCCAUUUUCCGGUGCUAGAUCGCCUCUUAAGAACUCUUUGCAAACACCGCCAGAUGUUUCUCCGACAUUUAGUCCGAGUACUAGCGAAGAAGGCUUGGAUAAAACACCGCGAUCAAUAGCUACUGCGGAAGACGAGGAAGCAGUAGAAGAACCAACACCACGUCCCCCGAUGAAAUCUUCUGACACUGCUCUUCGAGUAAACCAAAAUUGAUGCACUAUUUCAUCAUGCGUCUCUCAGAAACGGUCUAUUGUUUCUACUACAUUACAAUCUUUUCUAUAAGUAUUAUCCACAGCAUGGCGUUUUACGGAUUGGCGUGCCGUGUAUGCAUUCUAUUUCUUUUGUUAAGGAAGUGAUAGCAACGGAGUU